GGUAACUAUGGCUGAGAAUUCAGAAGGUUUGGAAAUAGACGUCGAGGAUGUUGAAGAAAAGAAACAUUUUCAACGUAUAGUAAAUGCUUUUAGAUGCUACAGACUUCACUCACUUGUUCGACUCUGCAAAACAUUAAAAUACACUAACAGUCUACCAGAAUCCCAUCAGGCCGUCUUGAAAAAUUACAAACAACACCUUGAAAAAGUGCGAGUGUCCAUAGAGCACAACUUUGAGAUCUUCAAACUCAUCAUUCGAGAUGUUGCUCAUAUGUUUGAAAAUGCAGAUCAUUCUAAUGACAUGAAGAUGUCACCACAGGUCCAAGCUACAUUAUCAGACAUGGACAAAGUUCAAAGUCUACUAAAACAGGUUGUUAGAGAGUGGAGUGAAGAAGGGGAACAGGAAAGAACAACUUGUUUUCAGCCAAUAUUGAAUGAAAUUAUUUCCAGGUUUCCAAAUAGAGAAUGCAAUCCUCGAGACAUACAGAUCUUAGUUCCUGGUGCUGGCUUAGGACGUUUAGCUUAUGAAAUUGCUAGGAAAGGAUUUACUUGUCAAGGAAAUGAGUUCAGCCUGUUCAUGUUAUUUGCAUCAAAUUUUAUUCUAAAUAAAUGUAAAGGCGUUAACAUAUAUCAUAUCUAUCCUUGGGUACAUCAGUAUCACAACCAUUUAUCAUCUGAAGAUCAGAUCAGAGCGGCAUCCUUUCCAGAUUCAGAUCCAUCAGAUCUACCACCAGACUCAGAAUUUUCAAUGGCUGCUGGCAAUUUUGUGGAAAUUUACACAGAGUCAGAUACUUGGGAUUGUGUAGCCACAUGCUUCUUCUUGGAUACAGCAAAUAAUGUUGUGCUGUAUAUUGAAACCAUACAAAACAUCCUUAAGCCCGGUGGAUAUUGGAUCAACUUAGGCCCUCUUCUCUACCAUUAUGCAGAUCUACCUAAUGAAGACUCCAUUGAGCCAAGCUAUGAAGAAAUAAGAAGCAUUAUUCAGGCCUAUGGCUUUGAAUUUGUAAAAGAAGAAUUAGGCAUCAGAACACCAUAUACACAGAAUCCACGAUCGAUGAUGUUUUAUGAAUAUCGCAGCGUAUUUUUUGUGUGUAGAAAGACACUUUUGUGAUUGGAGUUUUGCCAGUAAUUUAUGUAUAUAAUAAUGAUUAACGACAAACUUUGUAUGUGUUACUAUAGGACUUCAGAACUAACAUCUUUUAUGUUUUAUUAUGAAAUCACAUAAAUUACAUCAAACAUGCUAUAUUUUGUAGUAGCACAAAGUUUGCACCACAUAUUUUUCAUAACCUAAACUCACUAUAUGUCUUAAUUAAAAAGUACUUUACUUAUCAAAAUUUUAAACUAGUAUAUUGAGAAAACUAAACAAGCCAUCAUAUAAAUAAAAGUCAUGAUUGUUACAUUAAGACCAUUUACUUCAGAAUUCUAGUAGCUAGAACAUUUGGGAUCUUUGCUUUUCAGAUCAGACUUUGGUUUCUUGUAAAGUCUACAAUUUAAAACUGUUAUGAGAAUAUAAGGCUGAUUCUUUCAAACAUGAGAUUCCUGGUAUUUUAAGUUUCAUCAUAAUUUCUUGCCACUAAUGUUGAAGAAAUAUCCAUGUUGUAAGCUAUUAUUAGAAUAGAACUCGCUAAUAGAGCUGGCAAUCUAGUCAUGGUAUCAUAAAAACAAAGCUGCACAUACACAGUGUGAAAUAUUUACUCGUAAUGAGUACUUAUUAAUAAGUAAAACAACUGUAUACAGUUAUUGGCAGCUGCCAAAAAAAUCCAUUAAGUAGUAGCAUCUGAAACACUUAAAUCCUACUUCUAGUACAUUUUGUGACACAUUUCAAAUGAGUUAUUGAAAUGGAAGAAGUGUGUAUAUAUAUAUAUAUAUAUAUAUAUAUAUAUAUGACAUUGGAAAACAUAGGUAAGAUUUUAGUUUGUGUAUCUUGUUCAGGUAAUUUCAUUAUGUUAAUACAUCAUCUAAAGCAAAAUAAGCAAGGUCUAUGAAUCCUUGAAAAGCUUGUAACUUUGGCAUUUCCACCUUGAAUUUUGUAAUUAUACCAUAGUGGCUUAUAAAUAUUAUAUUGUAUUCAUAUUAUUUACUUUAAUAUUGGAUGGUAAAAUAAUGUUUGUUUUAUACAACAGUUUGGUAAAAACAACUGUAAAUACAGUUCAUUGAGAGAUAGAACAGUGUAUUAUAAAGUAGUAUAAGUGAAAAAAUAUUGGAGAUAGAAAAAUGUAAUUUUGUAUUUGAAAUCAAUGAAAACCUAAUUAAGGUUGUAAUUAAUAUGAUCAGCAAAUUAGAUUCAUGACUCUCAUUUAAUUUUGAAAGGGCCCGGCAUGGCCAGGUAAUUAGGGCACUCGACUCAUGGGUUCAAAUCCCCAUCACACCAAACGUGCUCACCCUUUCAGCCAUGGGGGCAUUAUAAUGUGAUGGUCAAUCCCACU